CGGGGAAUCCCGCUGCUCAAGCCGCGUCACUGAGCUCGAUCACCGCCCACAGACUCGGUGAUCUCCGGCGCUCUUCCACACCACUGCACUCAUGUUUGUUCAUGCAUUAAAUCUGAUACUCAUUAUAGUGGGGCUCCGUCGUGCUGUUUAGCGUAAACGGCUGGCUUUCACAUUGUACAGAUCUGAGCUUAAACAAUGAAACGGACAGAAUUCCCCGACCAUCCAAACCCUGACGCGAGAGGCGCUCAGACCGGAGAGGAAGGCUCUUAUUCGGUCAGAUGGCGUGCCGCAGUCCGCCCACGCGUUUCUCGCGCCCACACAGGCAGCGAAAGGAGCGUCAUUAACUCUCCGCUACUGCCAGCACAGCAGAGCAUAGCCGAGACAACACCAGAGUUUCAAGAACAUUUUAGUCCAAUCUCACAUCUGUAGAAUAAGGUCUAACAAGCACAGAAAACAAAAACAAAUUACUCAUCAGAGGCGUACAGAUAGGCUACACGUCUUUUAAUAGAAGUAAAAGUUUGACUGAUACUGAGUUGAGUUUUAGAAACAGAGAGAGUCGGUCGUUUGGUUCCUGGAAGCUGAAGCGUUCUGCUGGAUCCUGUCCUGGAUUCUGUCUUGAAACCUCUCGAGCCGAGCAUCAGGAUGUCACUUCCACGGACGCUGGGCGAGCUGCAGCUCUACCGAGUUUUACAAAGGGCCAACCUACUGAUGUACUAUGACACCUUCAUCCAGCAGGGAGGUGAUGAUGUCCAACAGCUGUGCGAGGCUGGCGAAGAGGAAUUUCUCGAGAUCAUGGCGCUGGUUGGCAUGGCCACAAAACCCCUGCAUGUGCGGCGUUUGCAGAAGGCUCUGCGCGACUGGGCGGCAAACCCAACGCUGUUCAACCAACCUCUGGCCAGCAAUGUGGCCCCUUGUGGAAUCCCUCUCCUUAGGAUCGACAGCACCAGCGCUGCUGGCUCAGGGUUUAUUGGUGGCAGAAAAUCUUUAAGCAAUGGUCAGCCAGGCUCUCCGUGUGAAAGAGAGGAAGUAGGAUCUUGCCUUACGCCACUCAGGGAUAACAGUCCAAAGAGCCCCUGCUCACAGGCCUCUCCUGUACCUCCAGACCAUCUGUAUAGAGAAAAACUGUCCCCCAUGGAUCCCCACUGGCUCAGUCCUGAAAUGUAUGGAGCUGCUGAUUUAGACGAAGAACAGCCCAUUACCCCUCUGCCUUUCGCUUGCCACUCGCGUCUUCUUGGUCCUCCGACACCAACUUCUUCUUCAUCCUCCUCCACUAUGACCUCUCCGUGGCCCGGAGGUCAGCUGGACCCAGAGACCAUUAAAGCCGUGGAGGAAAGCGUUGAUAGACUUCUAAGAACCAUGCCGCAAGCAGAUCAAACCGAGGUGAAGACACUUUUGAGACUCAAUAAGAAAAUGGCCAAGACGGUGGGACACAUUUUCAGCCUGGAACCUCAAGACAAGAGCAAAGAGGAGGAGAUUCGCAAAUACAGCCUGAUCUAUGGCCGCUUUGACUCCAAGAGGAGGGAAGGGAAACAGCUCACCCAUCAUGAGAUGCUCAUCAAUGAGGCUGCAGCUCAAUUCUGCAUUCGUGACAAUGCUCUGUUGUUACGUAGAGUUGAACUGUUCUCUUUAGCACGACAGGUGGCGAGAGAAUGUGCCUACACGUCGACAUUUAAACAUAACAGGACAUACUCAGAUGAUUGUACUGCCUCUGUUGACUGUUCUGCUCAGAAGAGAAUCAAGCUUGAUGUCACAGAUUCUGACAGACUGUCUAAGGAUCCAGUAGCCAACAGUGACAACAGAUCUACAGCGGAUGACAACAGCCUCUCUGGAGAAAGUCUAGAUAGCUUAACACAAGAUAUCAGCCCUCAGUUGCACCCCUCCUCAUCCCCUCACCCCCUCACCGACACCACUGGCCUCAUCACCUGGAGUCGCCAGCUCAUGCAACAAACUCUCAUGGAUGAGGGCCUCAGAUUGGCUAGAAUGGUGUCACAUGACCACGCAAGCAAAGUCAGCCUAGGGUCAGAAAAGAGACAGAUUUCAGAGAUGGAGGAGAAAGUGUCAGAGAGGAGAGGAUUGAGAAACAGAAGCCGCAGUCCAGCAAACACCAAAGAUGACCCAAAACUGACAAUCUGCAAGUCUCCAUGUUGAACUCAGGUCAGGUGUGUAGUGAGGUGACGCAGAAACUCUCCGCGGGUGCUUGUGUAUCCAGGAAACACAGCGUGACAGAACUCACACACCUGCGACUGCAGCGUGACUCCAGACAUGAACAGCCCUCCGGCUUGACUGACC